CGUCGACCUGCACCUUCGCCAUAUUUUCAACCCUGUGGGUCCCGCAGAUUUGUGUCCCCCCUCUAAGUUACUAAGAGAAAGACUUGUAGGGCAGCAGAACGCGUCAGUUUGAGUCGGAGUAAAUAGUGACACCUUUAUCUUCCCAGCUCUGUCCGCUUGUAUUCCGCCACAAUGAACAUCUUCAGACUGACAGGAGACCUCUCUCAUCUGGCUGCUAUCAUCAUCCUGCUGCUGAAAAUAUGGAAAAGCAGAUCUUGUGCAGGCAUCUCUGGGAAGAGCCAAAUUCUCUUUGCCCUGGUGUUCACCACACGCUACUUGGAUCUCCUCACCUCUUUCAUCUCGCUGUACAACACAUUCAUGAAGGUAGUAUACAUUGGCUGUUCGUACGCCACCGUUUACCUGAUCUACAUGAAGUUCAGGGCCACCUACGAUGGAAACCAUGACAGUUUCAGGGUGGAGUUCCUGAUUGUUCCUGUUGGGGGUCUCUCUGUUCUCAUCAACCAUGACUUCUCUCCCCUUGAGAUCCUUUGGACAUUCUCCAUCUACCUGGAGUCUGUGGCAAUCCUGCCACAGCUCUUCAUGAUCAGCAAGACUGGAGAGGCUGAAACCAUCACCACCCACUACCUGUUCUGUCUGGGCCUGUAUCGGGCCCUCUACCUAUUCAACUGGAUUUGGCGUUACUACUUUGAGGGUUUCUUCGACAUGAUUGCUAUUGUGGCUGGCGUGGUCCAGACUGUCCUCUACUGUGACUUCUUCUACCUUUAUGUUACCAAAGUUUUGAAAGGUAAGAAGUUGAGCCUGCCGGCAUAAAGACAGACUGGAGGAGACGGCAGUCCCAGCAGACUCAGGGGGUGCAGAGAUGACGUUGUGGAGUCUCAUGAACGACAGCAACAGACGCCUGAAACAGCCAACUAUUGGGGGGAAUAAAAACACUAGUCAUCUCGAUGAUUGCUCAUGGAACUGGUAAAUGCCAACAAAACACCGGCGCUGAACAAAGAUCAUCAACUUUUGGAUUUCUGUGUUCAGCAUCUUGCCUUAAAACUUCUUUUCAUUGCUGUUCAAAAUAGGAUACAUUGCUCCUUUCUUUUUUUUUUUUUUACAUGUGAGGUGUAUACCCUUGUUUUCUAUUAUUAUGUCACACAAAAGGUAGACUCUGAGUACCUUGUUUGACUUUAACUUGAGAAAGUAAAAAAAUGUACAGUCUUAUUAAAGAGUGAGAUAAAGCAUAAUGUAUCAGAGUGCCUGAUGAGGAUUAUGUCCAUUUUCUCAGUGUUUUUGUUCAUUUAUCUAAAAAUCUUUUGAUUAUUUGUGUGGAUAUAAGCAAAUAUGCUUUGAGGAAAAAACAUCCAACGAAGCCAAUAUUAGAAGUGCAUUUUUUUGUAAAUUUUGCUUUAGUAAGAUGAAACUAAACAUUUUAACAGGUUAUACUUGUUUAAAAAUCACAGAUUUUUACGGGGAACUCAUAGAGGGAUUUUGACUAUAAGAUGUAAUGUAUAGACUGGAUGAUCUAAGUACCAGCAAUUAUUUUGGCACAUCAGUAUUUUCAAAUGGUGCUCAUUUUGUUUAAACUUCCAUUUCAGAUAGAUGUGUUCACUAGUCUUUAUCACUUAUAUGUAGACUUCAAUAAAAUCUUAAAACGAUGCAUUGUCACAUUUUUGGGGCAGAUGGAGCCUCAGGCCUGGUUUUAGCUGUUAUUGCACUCCUGAACCAAACUCAUGAACACCUUCCAGUAGUUUCUCCAUAGCUUUUCCAAACCUGAAACUGGGGUAAAAAAGAAAAACUUGCAAUGUUUCUUAGAAAAAUCCUCUGGCAUAUUGACUAACUUUUGUAUCUCAGCUGAUUGGUUUCUGUUCCAAAUGAGCUUUUGAGCACAGCUCUGCCUUUUUUUGUUGCUUUCUAGCUGAGUAGGUGUGAUGUUGUUCAAAGAGUGCAUUUCUGCUAAAAGGCCCCGUCAACUUUAUCUAAGUAGGCAUUCCUAAAGGGUUUUUCCACAUUUUGUCAAAUUUUUCUUUUUCUUUUUGCAUGAUAUCACCUCCAUUAAAGAUUUUAUUAUAAUCAAA